ACAAAUCGAAAAGUCUUGACGGCUCUAAGAGUAAAAUAAAUUAAAAAUAAACUUGAUAAUCUGGUAAAGGGAAAGAAAUCAUCAUGGGGCUGUUAACAGUGUUAAAGAAGCUGAAACAAAAAGAAAAAGAAAUGAGGAUUCUUAUGCUGGGCUUAGACAACGCAGGUAAAACAACAGUCUUAAAAAGAAUAAAUGGGGAGCCGAUAGACACGAUUUCACCCACGCUUGGUUUUAACAUCAAAACCUUAGAACAUCGAGGCUAUAAAUUAAACAUAUGGGAUGUUGGUGGUCAAAAAUCAUUAAGAUCCUAUUGGCGAAAUUACUUCGAAUGUACCGAUGGUCUUAUUUGGGUUGUUGACAGUGCAGAUCGAAGAAGACUUGAGGAUUGUAAAGUUGAAUUGCACAAACUUCUACAGGAAGAGAGACUCGAAGGUGCUAGUUUAUUAGUUUUUGCUAAUAAGCAAGAUUUGCCCGGGGCCCUUUCAGCGCCCGAAAUCGCCGAAGUUUUGGAAUUGCCAAAUAUUAAGUCUCACCAUUGGCAAAUUUUCAAAUGUUCGGCUGUUACUGCUGAAAAUUUAGUGGAGGGCAUCGAUUGGAUUCUUAACGACAUAGCAGCCAGGAUAUUUUAUUUGGACUGAGUAAAAUUUUUUAUUUUUAAUCCUUCAAUUAAUUUUAUUUCCACAGGAAAAUGAUUUAUUAAAAUUUCUUAAUAUUUUUUUUAAUGAACUAUAAAGUAUGCCGACUAUUUCUUUAAUUUGAAGAACUUGUAAAGAGUUAAAUAAAGCCUUUGUAUUUUUUUG